CCCCGGGUGCGGAGCGGGACUUCGCCUCCCGCCUGGGGUCUGCUUUCAUCUCCAGCUUCAGCGACUCACCCCUGAAUCCCGGCCCCCUACUGAGGCUGGACCAGCCGCCUUUCCGUCUAGGUGACGGUCGGCUGAUGGACAUUCGGAUUGUUUCCAGUUUGGGGCUACUGUGAAUAAAGCUGUUAGGAUCAUUUGGAUACAGUGUUUUCUGGAUUCUGUCCCAGCGGAUCUGUUUCCUGCUCUGUAACUUUCUGGGUUAAUGUUGAGCAUCAUUAGGGAAACUCAGCUGCCACCGGACUGUACACCACCACGAAGGCUUUGGAGAUCUUUUCAGUUAAAAGAAUAAUGACUUUCUUGAAAUGUAAUCCCAGUGGAGCUUGUUUUCUGUGUUGCCUGGAAGAAUCCCUACCUACCAUCAGCAGUUCUUCAGAGACCUUGUAAAAGCCUCUCUACAUCAAGCAACUGAGUGACUCUGGGUUGCUCAGGGAGACCUUAAGAAUUGUGGAUAUCAAUUCACCUGGAAGAUUCAACCACUGCUACUCAGAGCUACUGCUGAAAUACCAUGUCUAAGAACUCGGAGUUCAUCAACCUGUCAUUUUUAUUAGAUCAUGAGAAGGAGAUGAUCCUGGGAGUCCUAAAGAGAGAUGAAUAUUUGAAAAAAGUAGAGGACAAGAGAAUAAGGAAGCUGAAAAAUGAACUCUUGGAAGCAAAACGUAGAAGUGGGAAGACUCAGCAAGAGACCAGCAGGGUCUGUGCUCACUGUCAGCGAAACCUGGGCUUGAUAUUUGACCGCGGAGACCCGUGCCAGGCCUGCUCACUCAGGGUGUGCGGCCAGUGCCGGGUCUCAGGCCUUGAUGGCAGCUGGCGGUGCACCAUCUGUGCCAAAGUCGCGCAGCUAAGGAUUGUAACUGGUGAAUGGUUUUUUGAAGAAAAGGCAAAGCGUUUCAAGCACGUCAGUGUUCUGGGCACUGAUGUCGUCCGACAGUCCAUCUUAAGAAGAAGUCCAGGAGCUGAAGAAAUACAAAGCCAAGAACAAACCCACCAGAACGCAGAAAAGUCAGACACUUCGCUUUCUGCUGGGCGGAAGGCCAGCCACGAUGGGCCCAGGAAAAAGGGAUUUCUUCUUAGCAAGUUCAGAUCAGCAACCAGAGGAGAAAUUGUAACUUCAAAAACUGAAAGUGGGCGGAGCUACAGCUUGGACUUAGACAGCCAAAAUUUUCGGAGUUUAAAGUCAGCCCCUGGUUCAGACAGGGGAAGCACUGGUUCAUCAGAUUUCAACGAGCAGGAAGCUGGUCCUGGGACUCCAAGGAGCUUCCGGAGCAAUGGUGUGACCCCAGUCACUCAGAGGUCACCGGCCCCAAGCACACGCAGCGUGACCUCAGUCAGCAGUCGAAAGGAACACGGUUUUGAAAAUUCCAUGGAUUUGGCUGCCAUUGAAAGCACCUCUGAGGGUCUCACGAAGAGUCAUCACCGAAGAACUUCCGGCACACCUUCCAUAGCAGUGUCCAGGGCCUCCCUCUCCUCAGACCGGAGUCGAUCUGAGUUAGAUUUGAGUGGGUCAUUUACAGAAGACUUAGAGGAUACUGUAAGCAUAAGAAGCAAGUCUGUCCCUGGGGCUUUAGACAAAGACUUGGACUACUUGGAAGAGACGGAAGAAGGCAUUGAUGACUUAGCGUCCUCUCGGUUUUCUGCAAACACCCACAGUCUAGCAAGCGGCCUGUCAACCAAUUCUCAAGCAGGCUCUGACAGGAAGUGGACCUACCUAAGUGUGCCUGACGCUGACUCAGACACUACCAGCCUGAACAGCAUGAUGAGUGUUUACAGUGAAACAGGAGACUAUGGCAAUGUGAAGGUCAGUGGGGAAAUCCUUCUCCACAUCAGCUACUGCUACAAAACUGGCGGGCUCUACAUUUUUGUCAAGAAUUGCAGAAAUCUGGCCAUAGGAGAUGAAAAGAAACAGAGGACAGAUGCUUAUGUCAAGUCAUACCUUCUUCCUGACAAGUCUAGAAAUAAUAAGCGCAAGACCAAAAUCAGAACAGGCACCAAUCCAGAAUUCAAUGAAACACUAAAGUAUACCAUCAGCCACAGCCAGCUGGAAACGAGAACUCUGCAGCUCUCAGUCUGGCAUUACGAUCGAUUUGGACGGAACAGCUUCCUUGGGGAGGUGGAGAUUCCUUUUGACUCAUGGAACUUUGAAAAUCCAAGUGAUGAGUGGUUUGUGCUUCAGCCCAAGGUGGAAUUUGCUGCUGAUAUUGGCCUUCAGUACAAAGGAGAGCUGACAGUCAUUUUACGUUACAUACCCCCGGAGGAGAACCUGACACUUCCACUAGGACAGCUUCAAGGAAAGAAGACCUUUAAACGAGGAAAGAAGAAGGAUUCUCCUGUCAUCUCUGGAGGAAUCCUAGAAGUGUUCAUCAAAGAGGCAAAGAAUUUGACAGCGGUGAAAUCAGGAGGCACUUCUGAUAGCUUUGUGAAGGGCUACCUGCUCCCUGAUGAUAGCAAAGCCACCAAGCACAAAACUCUGGUAAUAAAAAAGAGUGUUAACCCUCAGUGGAAUCAUACUUUCAUGUUCACUGGCCUGCAUCCCCAGGAUUUAAAGAAUGUUUGCCUAGAACUUACCGUCUGGGACAAGGAGGCCUUUUCCAGCAACAUCUUUCUGGGAGGAGUUCGUUUGAAUUCUGGAAGCGGUGUGAGCCAUGGGCAGACCGUGGGUUGGAUGGACUCUCAGGGGGAAGAGCAACGCCUCUGGCAGAAGAUGACGGACAAUCCUGGGACUCCGGUAGAGGGCGUACUCAUGCUCCGUGCCAGCAUGGGCAAGAGUAAGCUCUGAAGGUAAAAGCACAGAGUGUGCUCUCCAGCCCAGCAUCUCAGCUUCUCAGAAGAGGCCAUGGCCUUGCCUGGAGGAUCCUACUCAUAAUUUGGAGCAGCCCUCAAUUUUCCCUCAGUUGAAUCAGACAAGUUGUAAAGGGACAUGGGCAACCUUACAAGCCUGACUUUAUCCAUUCAGUUUGUAAAUAGCACCUGCAGGAUAUGUGGAAGAUCCAGUGUAUCAGCUCUCAUUUUGCAUAUGUUGUUACUGUCAUUGGAAUUAUCAGGAUGUAGAUUUUCCAGGUCACAAAAGCACCAACAGCAAAGAUAUUUUGAUGGGGCUUUUUAUUUUGGCGUCCUUUUCCUUAAGAAAUUUAAACAAAUAUAUGACCAGUCAUCAUUAAGUAUUGAUACAUAACUAAUGUGUGAAUUGAGCCCCCCUGAUUCACAAUAAUAUCAGCAGCAGCAUCACCUGCUACCCCAAGGUUUCUAUUGUGCAGGGGAGGAGAAACCUGUGGAAAAAAUAAGGGCAAAGCCCACUUUUAGAAGCAAAGUGGAUGAAGAUACCAAGUCCCAGAAGCACCACAGAAAGAAAUACUGUGGCAUUUUGGGCUGCGAUCAGUGUUUGUUUUUUCUCCCAUGUAGAUACUUCACACUAAACUGAGCAUUGCCUUUAGAAGUUGGCAGAAGGGCUUUCCUCCCACAAUGGUAUAUUUAUGGCCUCUGAAAUUAAAGAAAAUAAAUAGGACGAGGAAGUUUAUACAGGCCAAACUAUAACAAAAAUCAGAUCUUGCAAGGUUUGAGCAAGAGCCGUGGAAAUUGGGCCACAUCAAGGAUUCCAAAAGAUUAUCUGAAUCAUCUGGGGUGCGAAUUUAAUACAUUGAUUCCAGAGCAUUGCUCCAAACCUACUGAACAAAAUCUCCAGAAAACUUCAUCAUUUUUAUCGAGCUUCUUAGGUGAUUCUAAUACAAGUGGAUCACAGUUUGAGAAAGACUGCAUUAGAGGACAAAUUAUCUUGACUAUAUUAUUUGGACCAACUCUACAUCAUGAUGACAGAUUGGCUUUGGCUAACCUGGACAUUAUUAAUUGCAAGGCAACCAUGGUGAGGUGGAAGGAGCCUAAACUUGAACUCAGAUUGACAUAAGCUCAAGUCUUGACUAUUUACUAGCCAUGUGACCUCAGUCAAGUUAAUUAUCCAAUCUAGGCCUUGAUCUAGUUGCCUGUAUAAUAGGGAUAAUUGGGCUGCCUUGUAGUAAUUGAAGAUAUCAAAUGAGGUAAUAUAUGUGAAUAUGCUUUGUAAAUUUUAACCCACUGUGAAAAAAAAAAGUCAUUAUUAGUGAUCUAGAGAUAGCAAUCUGUAGUUCAUAAUCUCUUAGGCCCUUCUUUUCCUGGGUGCUUGGCUAGGUCUUAAUCAUUCUAUGUACAAUGAAGUGGUCUCCAGUGUACAGCAACAAUACAAAAAAAACCCCCUAACUUUGCUAUGUCACGCAUUGUGGAAUUUCCUACUGCAUCUGAUUAGAUAGUAAGUUUUGCAAAAGUGUUUAAUUUGAGGGAGAGAAAAACUGGUCAGUUUUUUGUUAAGAUGUUGUGGAACCCAUAAGCAAACUAUCUUUGCACCCUUUUCCUUAACGUUCUUUCAGUGUAAUGACCAUCUCUUUCUAUGGCCCAUUGCUUAUCCCCUAUGUCAGGGAGAUCAAACCUACCUUCUUCACAGGGAUGUUGUUCAGAAUCACACUUUUCAUCUACAGAAGGAAAUUUACCAUUCUCUCAAAAGAAAUUCCAUAGAAAUACAAACUGCUGUUGCAUUAUGAGGAAUACAUAGUGUUUCAAAUAUUAGCGAUUGUACCUCAUUUACCACAUUAGAAUUUAUUGAACUAUUCCAGCAGAGGGUUCCUUUCAUACUUGGAAAAGGGAGGUAGAAUAUAUAGUUAGUAUUGCCUAUAAGUGACAAAAUAUGCAUAUAGGGAGUAGAUCAUACUUUUCUUUCCAGUAUUUCAGCACAAGAGGAUAAUUGUCUCUAAUCAUUUUCCUUUUUCUCUGAUUGAGGCAGACACUAAUAAAACAAGUAAAAUAUUUUAUUAUAAUAGUUAUAGCAAAAGUUUAAAUCAUGGGCGUUUGCUGAGGAAAAAAAGUCCAUAGAAGGGCAGAGAACUAGAUAUGGAUUUGAAUCAAAAUAUUUUCUUUUUAUCCCUUUAUUGUUAGAUCUGCUUACUUUGGGAAAGGAAUCUGAUUGUCCUUUCUAAGCAUGUUUUUCUACUUAGCCACAGGUUCAUUUUGUCUUCAGAAAGUUGAAACUUGUUUGUGCAGAUCCAUGGGAAUUGAUGAGUCCUAACAGUAAAAUUUUUUAAAUCUUUCACAUUUUAAAUCUUUCACAUUUGGAAACAAGGAAGGAAGGGAGCCAUUCCACCACAAAACAGUUGAUGUCAGUCAUUUAUGUUUGAACUGUAGUUAGAGCGAUUGAGUGUUGGGAAUAUAUUUUCUUUUCCAUCCUUUCCAAUAUUCAUUAUUCAUAAAUCGACAUUUUUGAAGAGAGAUCAUUGGCUUUCAGUUGAUAUGAAGAAAGAAAUGUCUAGACUUUCCUGAAUCUUCUUGCUUUUGACCUUCUUCACUACCCACAAUUAAUUUGUCCUCCUUGAUUCCUAAAUAUCAUCUUACAUUGUGCCUCUGACUGAUGGGGUGCAGCCCAGAACCUUAGGAGAUGCCCUCAAUGCUUUAUGCCACUUGGAUUAAUAGGAAUGUUAUUAUUAAUUUUCAGCUCUUUCCUAUCACCUCCGAACCCAGCUCUGUUAGAGUCAUUUGUUUGCAAAGCAUCUGAAUGCACAAAGCCAGGCUGGGGGGAAGGGAGUUGCCCUGGCUGCUUCCCAGGGUGUCAAAUUUUAAGGGGUACCAAACAUCCCUGAAAAGGUAAUGAGGUGGGGAACUCCUCUCAAGAAAAGUAUGGUAUUAGCAGGAAGAAAUAAUGUCUGCUUGAGUAGAUAAGUGAGGAGGGGACCCCAUAGCUGAAGAGCAAUUCAUGGUUGAUGAAAGACAGGUCUGAUUAGAGACAGGGUUUCUGUUUUGCUGAAUGGGGGAUAUAACUUGGUCUAGGCAUGAAUUGCUAAGGACAUAGGGAAAAGGGGGUUUGCCUCCACUGGAGAUUCCCCUCCAUUGGAGAUUUCCUUUAUCCCUUCCACCAGGCAGGAUUCCUCAAAAUCAACGGUGUACAAAUAUUUAAAGAACCUCUGAGACGGGCACCACAUCAUCGGGGCAAGAACUGGCCCAACUCUGAAUGCGCUAGGUCCCCAUUCCUGGAUUGAGUGUAGUUGUCACAGGCAGGCUGCUUUGCUCUGGGCCUGAAGAUGAGUCCAAGGGUUUAGUGGACUGGGGAGGGAAGACACACUUUCAAUACCCUAAGGACAGCUGAGGAUCACUGGGUUACUGGGACAUUGGAAUGGCAGCUCUCCUUGGGAAGAAGCAUGAGCGGUAAUUUUCCAAACUCUGCCAGUGACCAGGUCACCUAUAUCUGCCUUGUCCCUGGCACCCGCCUGCUUUGGCUGCCAAUUUACUCUCCUAAGCUCCUGCUCUGAUACGAAGUUGAUCUCUUUGUUUGUUUUUAAAUUAAUCGACUUUAGACUGAGAAGUUAGAGCAGUAUUAGGUUUACAGAAAAAUUAAGCAGAAAGUAAGAGUUCCCAUAUACUACCACUCCCCUCCCCCUGCAGGUGUCUCCUGUAAUUAACAUCUUUCGUUGGUGUGGUAUGCUUAUUAUAAUUGAUUAACCAAUAUUGGUACAUUAUUAUUAAUUAAAGUCCAUAGUUUAUAUUAGGGUUCAUUCUUGGUGUUUCACAGUUGUAUGGGUUUUAAGAAGUGCCUAAUAUCAUGUAUCCACAAUUACAUUAUCAUACAGAAUCAUUUUGCUGCCCUAAAAAUCCCCUGUGCUCCAACCUCUUGCAACCACUGGUCUUUUUUACUGUCUCUAUAGUUUUGCCUUUUUUCAGAAUGUCAUAUAGUUGGAAUCAUACAGGAUAUAGCCUCCUCUGGCUUGCUUCUUUCACUUAUUGAUAUGCAUUUAAGGUUCCUCCAUGCCUUUUUGUGGCUUGGUAACUCAUUUAUGUCUUUUUUUUCAUUGUGGGAAGAGCACUUAACGUGAGAUCUACCCUCUUAACAAAUUUUUAAGUGCACGAUACAGUAUCACUGUUUUUUGGCAGGGGGGGGAGAGAGAGAGAAGGUUAAAAGAUCUAAGAAACAAUAAUAUUUUUAAAAUUCCCUUGGGAAUUCCCUGGCGGUCCAGUGGUUAGGAUUCUGUGCUCUCACUGUCAAGGGCCCGGGUUCAAUCCCUGGUCAGGGAACUAAGAUCCCACAAGCCUCACGGCCAAAAAAAAAGAAAGAAAAUUCCCUGGAGAUGAUGGGAGGUCUACAUUCAUUUUGCUAGUUUUCUUGGUUCUAUUGUUGGCUACAAAUGACUGUUCCUAUUUACUUGUCUUGCCACAUAUAGUACAAAAUUAGUAGCAAUGCUUAAACACUUAACAUGCCUACUUCUAAGCUUCUGUAUGGAAUAUGCACCCCAGACCAAAGCUUUGUGCCACUCUGUACUUACUGCAAAGUGUAAUGUCUUUUUCAUUAAAUUCACUUUCCUAAGAUC